GCGAGUAACAAGUCUGUUAACCCGAAUGAUUAUAACUCCAGCUCUAUUGAAUAGAUAGAAUCCAGAAUUGAAUUACUAUCUAUUGAAUAGAUAGUAAUGCACAAUUAUCCUCUCUGCCAAGUUUGUAAUCUUGAAAACAUUGAUCAUAUCAUCUUGUUUUGUUCCAAAUACGCAACUCAUAGGUCAAACCUUUUUUACAAAACUUAAUAUCGAUCAUUGUUCAAAGCGUUUAUUCAAAAAGCUGUUUCUAAUAAGCAGUAUCUUCGGACCCUUCUCCAAUAUCUUAAGUUUUUAAUGUCUAUUGAAUGUACUCUUUUGACAUUAGGAAAUAAAAGCCUUUGUUGCCAAAAUUCCUAUUUUAAUCAAUUUUGAUUCGAGUUGAAAGUGAAUGCUUUUCUAGAAAUUCAUGCUAUCAAAGCAAAUAAUCAUCAUUAUCCGCCUGUAGAAUUCAUAAAAAGAGAGAUAAAAAAAUUUUAAUUUGUUUUUGUUUCAUUAUUAGAUUUGAAUAGGUGCAAAAUUUUUAAAUGAAAAAUUGCCAUUUAAAAACAGCCAAUUAUUUGAAAUGUUACGUUUGAAAAAGAACAAAAAUAUAUUAUGUACACUAUACGACCGUGAAAUAAAUGCUACUUCUACACCCUAUAAAUUAAGUCUAAAUAUUAUGUGUCAGCUAAUCCAAUCAAAACAGUCAUUUUAUGAAUCUUCAUGGACCAAAGAGUCGUCACGGCCUAUUGUAUAUGACGGUGGGCUUAUAUAUUUCAACAAUCAUAAAAGUUGUUAUAAUAUCUAUGGUUAUGAAAACAAACCUAGUUUAACCAAACUUACAAAUAUUAAUGGCUCAGAAAGAAUACUGGAUGUGAUUUCGUAUGCUGCACCAGUAUUUAAACAAGAAUGUAAUUGUGAAGUAUGCCCUUGUUCUUGUCUCUCAAGAUCCAUUAUAUACAUAACUAAAGAUAAUUGGUUAAUUCGAAGGAAUCCAAUUACUGGUGUUAUACUCAAUAAAAUAUAUACCAAGCGUUUAGAUCGUAUUUUUAAUUUCCAAUAUAUUGAUUGGAAUAUUUAUUCUAAAGAAGUAAUUCUUACUACAAAAUUAAAUCCUGAAAAAGAACCCUCCUCUAAUGUUGAUGUUGUUGUUAAUUUGGCAGUAUUUACAUCUUUUCCUUUGGAAUUCAGAGCAUUGUUAGAGAUAAGACGGAGUGUAUUUGGGAAAGCCUGUAGACAUGUGAAUGUUUCGGAUCAGCUUCUUAUUUUAGGAAUGAACUUAGAUUGGGUGCAUAUAUAUAGUUUUGAAGAUGUUUUGGCAAACAGUAUUUUCACUCCGUAUAAGAUUGGAGAUCAUUAUAUGAAAGGAAUUGUUGGAAGUUAUCCUUUUGGACUCCCUCUAAAUUGUAUACCUCAAGCUGUACCUCCUCUUCUAUUUGAUGUACAAAGCUCUCAACAAAUUUUUCACUUUGGAGGUUAUCCUUAUCAUUGUGUUUAUGCUAGUCCUCAUAAACAUGCUCGCUAUGUCCUGAAGCAAGUUGAAGAAAAUGUAAAUCAUAAAAACUAUUUUAUAGAUAGUAAUAACACAGAUGAUGAAACAGAUAUGAUAUUGUUUCAUCCUGAUAAUUCAAACCGAAUUGUAUUAAGAGAAGAUGGAAUUGUACGUUGUUUUCAAUUGGUCUAUUCUCCUAAUGAAUCAAAAGUUCAAGAAAUUUUUUCUAUGGGUUUUUCAUCUUCUGUUAUGCAAAGUAAAACAACCACAGUUAGUUCUUAUGGUAGACGAAUUACAAAACCUAUAAAUGCGUAUGUAUUAAAUGAGAAGUGUGUUUUAGCUUUAGAUUAUGAUGAUGAAUUAGACUUAAUUGGCAUUCUUGGAUUUCAUUCUACUGAUCCAUUGUUACAAGGUUUUGUCAAGUUAUAUGAUAGCAUGUAUGGGCAGGAAGUGAAAUGUAUAAAACUCAAACAAAAUCUUUGUGAAACAAAUUAUUAUGAACUUAAUAUUGAUCUGGAUACUUUGAUUAUAAUAGAAAAAAAUGAAAGAAAUUAUUUUAGAGUAUAUUUAUAUAAACUAAUGUUUCUAACUGACUAAUGAAAAUUAUCUACUUUAUUUUUUAAUUCUUAUAUUUUACUAAAUACUUUUAUUUUAUUUUAGAUUUAGCAUGCAUUUUUUACGAACUUUUGGGUUGUAAAUCCAAAUAUUUCUAUUUUCAAUCUUAUCAACUGUUAAUGACUGCCAUUUUUCUAAGCGAAAAAAAAAGUACAAAUUAUAUACACAGAAUAGAAAAUAAUAUAUAUAUAU